UUACACUUUUUUUUGCAAAGGUGCUGUAUUUUUCUCUUUUACUUGGUAGAAUACAAUGCAUGCUCAAACGCUGCUGCAUAAGGUGCUUUAGCCUUUGAAUUAUACCUGCAACGAUACCCUAAACCUGGUUUUUAAUUAUGUAAUUUACUGCUUACUUAAAGUCGUGCUUUUAGGAAGCUUCAGCCAAAACAAAAUGAUUCACAGCCUGUUUCUCAUCAACUCUGCUGGCGACAUAUUUCUGGAGAAGCACUGGAAGAGUGUGGUCAGCCGCUCGGUAUGCGACUAUUUCUUUGAAGCCCAAGAGAAGGCUGUCGAUGUGGAAAAUGUGCCCCCCGUCAUCCCCACACCUCACCACUACCUCAUCAGCAUCUACCAGGACAAAGUCUUCUUUGUGGCUGUCAUCCAGACCGAAGUGCCGCCACUCUUUGUUAUUGAGUUCCUGCAUCGGGUAGUAGCGAUGUUUCGGGAUUACUUUGGUGAGUGUUCCGAAGCUGCCAUUAAGGAGAAUGUAGUUACAGUAUAUGAGCUUCUGGAGGAGAUGCUAGAUAAUGGGUUUCCUUUGGCUACAGAAUCCAACAUACUGAAAGAACUUAUCAGGCCUCCAACAAUUCUGCGAUCUGUUGUCAAUUCCAUUACAGGAAGCAGUAAUGUUGGAGAGACAUUGCCUACUGGACAGCUCUCCAUUGUCCCCUGGAGAAGGGCUGAAGUGAAGUACACAAAUAAUGAAGCCUACUUUGAUGUUGUUGAAGAAAUUGAUGCUAUUCUAGACAAAUCAGGUUCAACAGUGUUUGCAGAAAUCCAGGGUGUUAUAGAUGCUUCUAUCAAGCUGUCUGGGAUGCCUGACCUGACAUUAUCAUUUAUGAACCCCAGGCUUUUGGAUGAUGUCAGUUUCCACCCCUGUGUCCGCUUCAAGCGCUGGGAGUCAGAGCGAGUUCUCUCCUUCAUUCCCCCGGAUGGAAAUUUCCGCCUGAUGGAUUACCAUGUCGGCUCCCAGAAUUUGGUUGCAAUCCCAGUAUAUGUGAACCACAAUAUUAAUUUUAAGGAAAGUGGAUCAUCAGGGCGUUUUGAUGUUACUGUCGGACUGAAGCAGACCAUGGGAAAGAGUGUGGAAGGAGUUAUAAUGACAGUCCACAUGCCAAAAGUGGUGCUUAAUAUGAAUCUAACUCCAACCCAAGGCACCUACACAUAUGACCCAGUCACAAAGAUUUUAACUUGGGAUAUUGGAAAGAUAAACCCUCAGAAAAUACCAAAUCUUAAGGGAGUAAUCUGUUUACAGUCUGGGGCUCCAAAACCAGAGGAGAAUCCCAAUCUGAAUAUUCAGUUCAGAAUCCAGCAGCUUGCAAUUUCAGGUAUAAAAGUGAAUCGUCUAGAUAUGUUUGGAGAGAAGUACAAACCAUUCAAAGGAGUUAAGUAUGUCACCAAAGCAGGAAAGUUCCAAGUUAGAACAUAAAGUAUAGUGCCAAAGUGUACAUGUUCCACUGAGAGGGCUGGAGAAAUGCUGGCACAUUAAGGGUCACUUAUGCUACCUGAAUCCAAAUAGCUAUAGCCAAAAUGCUAAAUAUAAUUUAGUUUUAUUCCCUUUAGCAUAUUGUGCACAUUUCCCUGGGGGUACAGUGUAUUGUCAAUAUUUAUCUGAUUAUCUAACCAUACAGUAUGUAAACUUUUUAAACCUCUGUACACUUAAGCACAAUCGUAUCCUUGGCAGCCAAGUAGUUUUGCAUGCAAUAACAAUGUAUAUUACAAUGUGUCCUGUGUUGCACCAUUAUAUUUCUAAACAUAUUGCUGUUUGUUUUCAUGCUGUAAGCAGUUACAUGGCAUUUGCCUAAAGAAAAUAACUAAUUUUGUGUUUCUGGAAAUAUACUGCCAUUUAUGAGCCUCUUUAAUAUGCCCAAAACAGUUGCCUUAUCCUGUUGAACCAUUCCCCAACAACAAUCAUGCUUGUCCUUUUUGAUUUGUAUUCUUUAUGUAAUAUUUCAAUUGGAGUAGACACAAUACUAACCAGCCUGUGAUGCGAGUGCUUCUCUUAUAACACUAUUUUAAAUGUACUUUAUUUACACAUUAUCAUUUUGCAAUCUUAGCACAAUAUAGUAGGUUGUUCAUAAUACAAGAAUAAAGGGAAACAACAAUU